AUGUUUGAACAAACCGCAUCACUGCCCAAAGUCCCCUCCAAGCCAUCUGUAUCCAGUGGUGGUCUCUCUACUCCUAACGACCUUGUUAAAAGCGCCUUGUCACGUAGUUUGGGACGAGGUCUCUCUUCGUCCAGUCGUCACGAACCCGAUUUACCCAAAGUCAACGAUGUUGCGUCAUCCUCCGCCUACGACAAUGAAAAGUCUUCAGGUCGCGCUCAAGAUGACUGGAACAAACCGACUAGCUCAACAAGGAAGAAUGAUGGUUUGGCUGUCAAAGACCUUGGUAUUGCCAGUCUCUCAUUGGGUCGUGGUGACAAUGCAAAGACAAACUUGCUCAAGUCGCCUCUUCACGGAUCGUUACCUAACGGCCUUCAACGACCAAAGUCUGCUACUGGCAGCGUAGACAUGACCAAUGUAGAAGAAAGUGAAUCUGAAGAAACGAUGGACAAGGUUUCUGAAUUAUCUAUUGAACAUUCUGUCGUCUCUCAAGCUACGACUGCCAUCCCUGAAGGUCCAGCUCCUCUACCUGGCGCGGUCUCCAUCCUUAAACAACAAACAGCCAAACACCAUAAAUCUCUCCCUAAAAUCGUAUCCAUGUUCAACACGGGACGUAGUAAAGCACCCACAGCUGGUCCUUCAUCAGCUGGUAAAUCAAACAAGGUUGGACCAUUCGGUUCAUCCAUGCAACUAAACACAAACUUAUCUGCUCAAUUUGCUCAUGGCUCCAUGUCGGCUGGUAUGAACCCUUCAAAUGCUGCUCUCGGCCUCCAAUUCCAUUCCCCUACCGAGUCAUUGGGUCAUUCCGGCAAAAAUCAUCACAUGUCUGCUUAUGAAAUCGGGCCGCCUCCCUCAGCUAUUCGCAACUAUACUUUGGACGACUUCCAUCUAGUGCGUCGUGUCGGUAAAGGUGGUUUUGCUACAGUAUACUUGGUUCGAUUGAAGGCCAGUACUGGUCGAUACUAUGCUCUGAAGGCAAUCAAGAAGGCCGAUGUAGUCAGAUUAAAGCAAGAACGUCAAAUCUUGAAUGAAAAGAACAUUUUAAGAGCAAUCAAACAUCCUUUGAUUGUUGAAUUGUUUGUUGCCUUCCAAGACAUUAGCUAUUUGUACAUGGUGAUGGAAUACGUAGCUGGUGGUGAUUUGUUCUCUUACCUACGACGUGUACAGCGUUUCUCUGAGGACGAUUCUCGAUUCUACACUGCUGAAGUUGUAGUUGCUCUUGAUUAUCUUCACCAACAGCAAGUAGUGUACCGAGAUUUAAAGCCUGAGAACAUUCUCCUUGAUACAACUGGCCACAUUAAACUUGCAGAUUUCGGAUUUGCCAAAGUAGUCCGCGAAACCACACAAUCCUUCUGUGGAACACCCGACUACAUUGCCGCCGAAGUAGUAAACAACAAACCAUACGAUCACGCCGUAGACUGGUGGUCACUCGGUGUCCUAAUCUUUGAACUAUGCUCUGGAAAGACUCCCUUUGGCGACGACACAUCCGAACGCAUCUACGACAACAUCCAAGCCGGCCGCAUCAAAUGGCACCCACUCAUUAAAGGAGCAUGUAAAGACAUUAUCAGACGCCUCCUCGACCUGGAUUCUGACAGACGGUUGGGAUCUGGUCCAACUGGCGCAUCUGAUCUAAAAAACCACCCGUGGUUUAAGAAUUUAAUUUGGAAGAAGGUUGAAACCCGUCAAAUCACACCUCCGUAUAUACCAUCGUGUGAAAGGCCUGAAGUAUUGGAAGAGCAACAUUUGAAGUCUGGUGGCGAAGAUCAUGCCGAGUCGCUCAAGCAGGCUGGGAAGCAGUGGGCUCAUGGUGGUGAUCCGUUCUAUGAAAUGUUUAAAGAGUUUUGA